GGGUUGCCGUAGAAUCUGGGCGUUCCUAAAGUUUACGGAAGUUUUUCAAUGUCCACUUUGACAGCCGACUAGGCAACCGAGAAUCUGCCACUCUGGGGUUUAUUUCGUUAUGUUCAAGUCUUAACGGUCAAUCUACUACUAAUGGUCAAUCAUGGAUCUAACGUCGGAGCCAGUGAAAAGAUUACUUUCCAAGUACAAAUUUCGGGAUUCUGCAAUCGAGGAGCUUCAGAAAGUGCAUCGCAUUCACCCUGACAUGCAGAUAAAUGUGGGCUCUUUCACAUCCGCCGACAGAUUGCAAAAAGACCUGCUGAAAGUAAUUGGUAAUGUCCCGGUUAAAUAUCAAGGCAAGACCUACAACCUGCCCAUCCUGAUGUGGUUGCUGGAGUCGUUUCCUUUCACCCCUCCGGUGUGUCUGCUGAGACCCACUGCUAACAUGGUGGUCCGAGAGGGGAAGCAUGUGGACGCACGGGGUCGGAUACACCUGCCAUCGCUACACAGCUGGGACCAUCCCAAGACGUCUGUGAAUGGGCUCCUGGCAGAGAUGAUCGCCAAGUUUGAGGAGGAACCCCCACUGAGCACCAAGCCUUCAGGAGAGGCAGAGGACCCCAAUGACCUACUGGCCUUUGUCUCCAAGCUCAAGAUGCAUGAAGCAGUGGGGAGCAGAUUUGACACGCUCAAUAAAGUCACCGUAGUUGGCAGUGGAGACUUGGGCAUGGCUACAGUGAUGAGCAUUUUGGCAAAGGGAGGUGUGGACAAACUGGUUUUGAUUGACAUUCCAGGGUGCUCGACAAAAAGCGGGACAAUGGAUUUAGAAAUCUUCAGCUUGCCCAAAGUGGAAGUUUCUAAAGACCUGUCGGCCUCUGCUGGCUCCCGGGUGGUGGUGAUGACUGCUACCGCCUGGAGUAACGAGCAGUCCUACGUGGGUGUGGUCCAGACUAACGUGGACAUGUACAGAGGCAUCAUCCCAGGCCUGGCCCGCUUCAGCCCCAAUGCAGUGCUCCUCAUCGCCUCCCAGCCAGUGGACGUCAUGACUCAUGUGGCGUGGAGGCAGAGUGGACUUCCCCCGACCCACGUGAUUGGCUGCGGCUGCAACCUGGAGUCUGAGCGGCUGGCCCACAUCCUAAACAUCUCCCUGGUGGCCAACAGCACCGGCAAGAAGCCCUGGGUCAUCGGGGAGAUGUCCGACAACAAGGUGGCUGUGUGGAGUAGCGUGAGCCCUGGCAUUGCCACUCACCCGGAGCUCAGUGCCGUCUCCAACUCCACCAGGCCUCUGAUUGACAGAGGGUUCGAGCUGCUGAAGGGGAAAGGUCAGAGGUCAUGGUCAGUGGCGCUCUCCAUCGCUGACAUCACACACAGCAUCAUCACCGACCAGAGGAAGACGCAUUCAGUCACCACUCUCGCUCAGGGCUGGGGUGGCAUCAGCUCUUCCGUGUUCCUGAGUCUGCCGUGUGUGCUGGGGGCGCUGGGCUCCACGCGGCUGGCCGGCAUCUCCCUCGUUCAGGAGGACGACGCCAAGCUGAAGGACAGCGUCUCUUCCCAGGACACACUCAUGGCACAGCUCAGGCUCUAGACAACACACACACACACUCACACUCACACACACACACUCACUCACUCACACUCACACUCUCUCACACACACACACACACACACACACACACACACACACACACACACACACACACACAGCGUCUCCUCCUAGGACACACUCACUCACACUCACACACAGCUCAGGCGCUAGACACACUGACCCCUCCAGACAAACACAUACACUCACAUCUAGAUGUCUCGCAUGCAUGCAUGCACUCACACUCCUGUGCCCCAACCUUUCUCUCCUAUGCUACCGCCUCUGCACUAACACACACACACACGCACACAGACACUCACCUCAACCCCAUUCAACACAAACGCCACCAACUCCACAAAACACUCCCUUUGCUUCUGCACUACCCCUCUCCCCAACUCCUACACAACAUUCCCCCGCCCCCUACCCACACCCUCCCCCAUACAUCGAGUCCUCAGCACCCCCAAACUUGACACCCAGACCAUCUCCGUCCUGUUCUCCCCAAUGAUGCCCCCGAAGUGAGGUCGGUGCACCAGCCAGGCACGUCUCUGAUGCAGGAGGGGGAUGGAUGGGACAAUUUAUAUGGUACUUCCUCACCCCCUUCUGAUCGAUCACCUGGUGGUGCAACUGGGGCUCUCAGGUGCUAAUGUUUAGGCUUCUUGUGUACUUGAUCUUCACAUAUUAUGAACAGAGAAACACCAAAGAUACAGCUUAUGUGCGCUGUCAAGGUAGUGGUCUAUGUGUAGGCCUACUGCGGCGGUUUCCUUUGUGCCUCAAUCAUGUUUACGUGCAAAGCACUACCAAUCAUGGCAGGGGGCUAUUCCAGAAACCAGGGUUAAGGCCUAUUCAUACCCCUACGUGUAAAGACUGUUAUGGAUAAGUACACUAUGGGAUGUUUCACACGGUCUAACUGCUGAUUUCACACAUUUUUUGACGUGCAAUAGAGAAGCUUAAUUCAUGUAUGGUACGUUACAGAUAUAAAACAAUUGGAAUAAACCUGCCACACAUCAGACAGACAGAUAUAUUAAUGUGUUGCCGAUAAGAAGGUAUGAACAGAAAUGCGCUCUUAUGACCAAACGCAGGGCAUGAAUGGGCCUUUAGUCUAACUCUGAGCAAGUCGAAACUCUUGUAAUAGAACAGAAAUGUGGAUGUGUUUUUUAUUGAAGCAUAAGUCUACAAGUCUCUUCUAUUAGGAUGUUUACAAAUCAGUAGCUGGUUUAGUAAGUAAAGCACCUUUUUGGAAUAUGCCCUCUACUCCAAAAAACUGCUUAUUUAUAUGCUAAGCCAAUCACGUCUUGCCUUUCAAAUGCUCAGGAUGCGAGCUUGGAUUUAAAAGGUAUGAUGCACUUUAAGCCUAACACGCGUGCAUGUGUGACAUGCCCUGUGCUGUACAACUCACUCCAAAGACAAAUCGUCUAUUUUGAAAUGUUUCUGAAUGGUAUUUUGCUAUCAUGCUUGUAUGUAUAUUUGUGAGACUUCAUAUUAAGUUACUAAUAGUGCAAUCAUUGUCUGCAGUUAUUGGACAACAUUAGCAGGUGUUUUAAUUUAAGACUUUAAGAGACUGCGCUUGCA